AUGGAUAGUUUUCAGUCAUUUGGAUUAUGUGAAAAUGCUUUAGAAUUUAAUUUAGAGGUUGAAUUACCAGAUCAUACAUUUAAACAAUAUCAAUUACAUUCUAGGUUGACCGUUGAUAAAAUAAAGUCAAUUAUAUUAUUAGAUCAACCAACACUUAAAAAACAUUCACCAAGUGAUUAUGUAAUUUUAGUUGAUGGUGAAAAAAUAGAAAUUGAUUUUCAAAGGUUCAUAGUGUCACAUCCAAGAAUUACAGAGAUUUUAGAACAAGAACCACAAAUAAAAAUAAAAUUAAUUUCAAAACAACAAUUAUUAUUACAAUCAAAUGCACCACCAGCACCACUUUCACCAAAUUCACAAGCAAUUUCAAAUCAAAAACAACAAGAUCAAUUAAACAUAAAUGUAAAAGUAGCAGAUUUAAAAUUAUCAUUAGAGAAAUCACCAAUGGUUAAUAGAAUAGCAAGUGGUGGAAGACCAAUGUUAAUUGAACAACAUUCACCAACAAAAGGUAAAAAAGAUGAAGAGAAAACAACAAAAGAUAGAUCAUUAUCAGAGAAAUCUACAAAUAGUAAAUUAAAAGUUGAUAGACCUGAUAAAUUAACAAAAUCAUCAGAUAGUGUAUUUUUUAAUAAUAAUGGUAAUGGUAAUAUAACAACAAGUUCACCAACAACUUCAAAUUCAACAACCACUACAACAACAACAACCACUACAACUACUACUACAACUACUACAACUUCAUCAUCAUCAUCACCAAAUGGAACAUCACAAUCAUCACCAUCAAAUAGUGGAUUCUUUUCAUUUGGAUCACCAAAGAUCAAAUCAUUUUUAGUUAAUACAUUUGAUCAAAAGAGAAGAUCACUUUCACAUAAACAAAAAUCGUCAGAUGAUUUAUCAUUUUCAUCAAUUCAUGUUGGUGCAACAAUUCGUCCAAAAACUCAAGAAUAUCAACAACAAGUUUUAAAAGGUGCAAUUGAAUCUAAUCUUUUAAAUCCAUCACAGAAUAACAAUAGUAAUAAUAAUAAUAGUUCUGGUGCAAAUUCAAAUACAAGUUCAAGUAGUAGUACAAGUAAUAGUAGUAGAUCAAGUUUAGAGAUGAUAAUUGAUAAUAAUAAUGUUGGUGGUAGUAUAAGUAGUGGAUUUGUUAAAGAUUAUAGUUUAAUUCAAGUCUCUAAAGGAUUUACAAUUGAAUCACUUAGAAAUAACCUAACAUUACCAUUAAUUGUUAGUAGUGGUCAAUUAGAAUUGAAUCCAUUGAUAACUGAUGAAAGUUGGUAUUGUAAAUAUUUUUAUGGAAAUGAACAUUGGAAUUAUAUAGGUGAAGACUCUAAAAAUGGUAUAUUCAUAGUUUCAAUCUUUAAAGAGAGUGAUAGUCAAUCCACUGCUUCAACUGCUUCAUCUUCCCCUUCACCUUCUUCUUCAUCUAUAAAUCUACAUAAUAGUAGUGGUGAUCAAUGUAAUAAUAGUAAUAAUAAUAAUAAUAAUAAUAAUAAUAAUAAUAAUAAUAAUAAUAAUAAUAAUAAUAAUAAUAAUAAUAAUAAUAAUAAUAAUAAUAAUAAUAAUAAUAAUAAUAAUAAUAAUAAUAAUAAUAAUAAUAAUAAUAAUAAUAAUAAUAAUAAUAAUAAUAAUAAUAAUAAUUCAAAUAUACCGAUUGUUAUAACAACAGCAAUAACGGAACAACAACAAACAAAAGAAAAGAAAUUAAAUUUUGUAGUAUUAAUUAGAACAAAGAAUUGUGAUAUUUUUACAAAGACAAGAAUUAAAGGUCAAUUUGCAUUAUUUUUAGGUAAUUCAAAACCACCAGUUAAGGAUAUUGUUCAAUCUAUAAUACCAGAUAUGUCAUGUAAAUGGAUUAAGUUGGUAAAGAAUCAAGAGAUUCAAAAGAAUUUAAAAUCAUUUGAAGAGAGACAAAGAGUUAAAAGUUUUAAAUUUGGUAUAUUGUAUUGUGCACCUGGCCAAGUUGAUGAGGAAUCAAUGUUUUGUAAUCAAAAUGGGUCAGAGGGAUUUAAUCACUUUUUAGAAUUUAUUGGUGAUCGUAUACAAUUAUCUGGUUGGAAAAAUUAUAGAGGUGGUUUAGACGUUAAACAAGAUUCAAAUUCAACUGGUACUCAUUCAAUCUAUAAACAAUAUCAUUCCUUUGAAAUCAUGUUUCACGUUGCAACUUUGUUACCUUUUAAUCCAUUAGAUAAACAACAAGUUGAUAAAAAAAGACAUCUUGGUAAUGAUAUAGUUUUAAUAAUUUAUAAAGAAGGUGAUCAAUUAUUUGAUCCAAAAGUUAUGAAAUCUGAUUUUAAUCAUGUAUUUAUUGUAAUUUCACCAAUAGUUAAUGAUAAAUCAAAAAUUAAAAAAUAUAAAAUUUCAAUAGUUUAUAAAGAUGGUGUUGAAAGUUCAACACCAUAUUUAGUGAACCCUUCGAUUUGGGAAGAAUCAUCAGAGUUUAGAGAAUUUUUAUUAAGUAAAUUAAUUAAUUCUGAAUGUUCUUCUUAUGAAGCUCCAAGUUUUAAAAUUAAAAUUCAAAGAACAAGAGUAGCUUUAUUAAAAGAUAUGAAUACAACUUAUUUAAAUCCGGAAUAA